UGCCCGUGCACUGCGCGUCGCUCGAUGGCGGAGACGCCACAUGAGCAGCCGUCGAAGAAGAAAACGCGGAAGUCGUCGCCCGGCCAGCUCACAUGUACACAAAUAUAAUAAGGCGAUGGAUUCUCUCAAGGCGAAUAAAUCUGCGACCAGUCGGCAGCGAGAUUCAGACCUCAACGCCGCCGACGAGGAAGAACAAGAAUUUUGCCCCGGUUACAAAACCGCCGAUGCUUUCGUGAAAUAUGGAUUGGGUUCAGUAUUGUCUGCCACAAAAGCAGCUAGCGGCUUGCCUCAAGCUGGAGACGAUUUUGAUUUCUAUCGCAGCUUCCCUGGUUUCCAGGAAUUCUGUGAAGUUCAAGGAGAUAAGCUGCUGCUCUGUAUGAGUCAGAUAAUGCAACAUCACAACUGCCGAUCUCGCAUGAGAGACCGUGAUAAGAUCACCGGCCUGGAGGAAAGGUUUGACUUGGUUGUGGACUCCAACGAUGUCAUCCUUGAAAAAGUGGGGAUUCUUCUGGAUGAGGCUGAUGGCGUGAACAGGAGCCAGAAGCCUGUCAUGCCAGCUGGCUUUCAGCCUCCCAAGAUUGUCGUUUCCAGCUGGAAUCGCAAGGCUUUAGGCUCUGGAAGUCGUGCUGAGACUUUCCGGCUGCUCCAUGCGAAGAAUAUUCCACGGCCGCAGCUGAAAUUCAAGGAAAAAGUUGACAACAGCAACACGCCGUUUAUUCCCAAGCUCUUCAUCAAGCCUAAUGCGCAGAAACCCCUUCCCUCUUAUUUCACCAACAAACAAAUCCGCAAAGAGAGACCAGAAGAUAUUGAUGUCCCAGCAGCAUUAGCAGACUUCAUUCACCAGCAGAGAACUCAAGAACACGUAGAAGACAUGUUUGCACACCCAUACCAGUAUGAAUUGGAUCAUCUUAUGGUACCAGAAACCCUUCUGUCCAAGCCGGAGCCACAGAUGUACAAGCCACUGGAAGAGACAAGCUGCACCUUCAUUGACACACUGGAGGAUCUGGUGGCUCUGAAUGAGAAGCUCGACCAGGUGUCUGAAUUUGCGGUAGACCUUGAGCAUCAUUCCUACAGGAGCUUCCUGGGAAUCACUUGUCUGAUGCAGAUAUCCACCAGAGAGGAGGACUUCAUUAUCGACACCUUGGAGCUCCGUAGUGAGAUGUACAUCCUCAACGAGGCCUUCACCAAUCAUUCUGUAGUCAAAGUGUUUCACGGUGCCGAUUCUGACAUGGAGUGGCUCCAGAGAGACUUUGGCUUGUAUGUGGUCAACAUGUUUGACACACACCAGGCCAGUCGAGCGUUAAACCUGGCCAGACAUUCGCUCGACCACCUGCUCAAGCACUUCUGUAGCGUAGAGUCAGACAAAUGCUACCAACUUGCUGACUGGAGGAUUAGGCCCCUGCCAGAGGAGAUGGCGUUGUAUGGUCGCUCUGACACCCACUAUCUCCUCUACAUCUACGACUGUGUAAGGGCACAGCUGUUGGACUCCAACCAUGGUCAGCCUGGUCUGCUACAGUCUGUCUGGAACAAAAGCAAAGAUCUUUCUCUCAAGAAAUAUGCAAAGCCAAUAUUCACAGAGGAGUCGUAUCUGGAGGUGCAGAGAAAGCAGAAGAAGUCUUUUAACACCCAGCAGCUGACUGCCUUCAGACUUCUGUUCGCCUGGAGGGACAAGCUGGCUCGACAGGAAGAUGAAAGCACCGGAUAUGUCCUGCCUACUCAUAUGAUGAGCAAAAUAUCUGAAGAGCUGCCAAAAGAGCCUCAGGGCAUAAUUGCCUGCUGUAACCCUGUUCCCCCACUGGUGAGGCAGCAGGUCAAUGAGCUCCAUUUGUUAGUGCAGGAGGCUCGAGAAAUGCCACUCCUCAAGGCUGAGAUUCCAGUGCAAAAAACAAAAGGACUGACGCCAAUCAAAAAGCCCGAGGUUACAAUGUUUGGUCCGCAUGAUACAUCUCGGGUCCCUGAAAGCAAUCCCAGCCACUUCUCUGCAGAUGAACUACCUGUUAAACAAGGAGUGCUCUUCUCUGAUGAUGACCACACAUCUGAUGCAGAUGGUCAGAAAAAAAGCCAUCUUGUGGCAUCUGCCAAAAUCACACUGUUCGAGGAGCCAGAAACAAGAGAAAGCCAAGAUUCCCUCACUGUGGCGCAAAACAAAGCCAGGCAAAUCAAUGAGUCUUUUGAAAACCCUUUUAGGAUGUACCUGCCUUCUAAUGGCGUGCAUAUCAAUGAGAAUGCAAAGUUUGACCCUUCGUCAAAGAUUUUUGAGAUCAGUAAAAGGUGGAAACUGCAGAGUAUGGAACAGCAACAGAAGGAGCUGGAAUCAAAGAAGAAAACCAAGAAGGAGGCAAAGGAAAAAGCAAGGAAAGCAACAGAGGACAGAAAUAAGUCUCAGGAAAGCUACGAGGAGUCUCUGAAGAAUGUACCCACUGUGCGCCAGCAAGCAGCGGAAUGUACAAAACCGGAAGGAAAGAAGCGUGAGAGGGUCCCCAGUGAGGCUGCAGAGUCGACUCCCAAGCCAAAUAAGAAACUAAAAACUGCAGCGAAGACCCAAAAGCCCGAACCGCCUCCUCAGGAGGGCUUCGAACCCUUUGACUACAGUCAGUCAGACCUCAAAGUGUUUGCUGGUACCAAAGCAAAGGACAACUCGCAGUUUGAUCCAAACCGACAAAGUCAUGACUUUAAGAAAAAGAAUUUUGCAGGCGGGAAAAAAAAUAAUUUUGGUGCUGGAAAAAGUUUGUCAUACAUAGGUGGAAGAUCUGACAGAGGAUUUCGCCACAACUGGCCCAAAAGAUAAACCAAGUUGAGGGCAUUUUUUCUCUGAAGUUCAACAAUUUUUUCUUUUAUUGUCGCCCUCCCUCCCAUUUUAACCUUUGGACUGUCAACAUUUAAGUAAUUUCAAAGUUAAUUUACCCUCCCAUCUGUGGAAAUGUUUAUCCUGUAAAUAUGCAGAACAGCAGUCCACUCUAUUAAAGA